AUGAGCCAACCGAACAUCACCCUCUAUACCACCCAGACUCCCAAUGGGAUCAAGAUCUCAAUUGCUCUGGAGGAGCUAGGCCUGCCCUACAAGGUCGAGAAAAUCGACAUCUCUAAGAAUACGCAAAAAGAAGACUGGUUCCUCGAGAUCAACCCCAACGGUCGCAUCCCCGCAUUGACCGAUACCUUCAGCGACGGCCAGACGAUCCGACUGUUCGAGUCUGGCGGUAUCCUUCAGUACUUGGCCGAGCGUUAUGACACCGAGUACAAGAUCUCUUAUCCCAAGGGCACCCGCGAAUACUACGAGACCAACAACUGGCUCUUCUUCCAGAAUGCAGGCGUGGGUCCCAUGCAGGGACAAGCUAAUCACUUUGUGCGAUACGCGCCCGAGCGCAUCGAGUACGGUGUGAAUCGCUACGUCAAUGAGACCCGUCGUUUGUACGGCGUUCUUGAUAAGCAUCUCGCAAAGUCCAAGUCCGGAUAUCUGGUGGGCGACCACGUUACCAUCGCUGAUAUCUCGCACUGGGGCUGGGUGGCUGCUGCAGGAUGGGCUGGUAUUGAUAUUGAGGAGUUCCCGCAUGUCAAGGCCUGGGAGGAGCUUAUGGCAUCACGACCGGGCCUUGAGAAGGGCCGUCAUGUCCCAAACCCGCACACUAUUAAGGAGCUGAUGAAGGAUAAGGAGGCUGUGGAGAAGAGCGCUGCGCAGACUCGGGCGUGGGUCCAGGCCGGCAUGAAGGAUGAUGCAAAGAACAAGAUCUAA